AUGGCUCAAAAGAAGCCAUCUGGAGGCUGCUGCUGCCCCAAAGCUCCCAUCAAUGAAGACAACGCUCGUUUCUUCCUGCUGGCCGGCCUCAUUCUUCUCUACUUGCUGUGCGGAGCCGCCAUCUUCUCCGCCCUGGAACACCCCUUUGAGCUGCGCGCCCGCCGCCUGUGGAGGCAGCAACUGGACAACUUUACCCGGAGAUACGACGUCCAUCCGAGGGCCCUGUACACUCUGCUGAGGCAGUAUGAGGAAGCCAAUGGAGCAGGGAUUAGGGUGGACACACUGAGGCCCCGCUGGGACUUUUCAGGAGCAUUCUACUUUGUGGGCACUGUGGUCUCGACUAUUGGCUUUGGGAUGACCACACCGGCAACCAUAGCUGGAAAAAUCUUCUUAAUCUUUUACGGUCUCAUCGGCUGUGCGGCGACCAUCCUCUUCUUUAACCUCUUCCUGGAGAGGAUCAUCACCAUGCUGGCCUACAUCAUGCGCUGGUGUCACGAGCGCCGGCUUCGCUGCGGCGGAGUGGGGGUGGUGUCCAGCAGGCGGGAGGAGUCCGGUGAGGAGGACAGCUUAGAAGGAUGGAAGCCUUCCGUCUAUUACGUGAUGCUGAUCUUAGGACUUGCCUCAAUCGUGAUUGCAUGCAGUGCUUCGACUCUGUACUGCUCCAUGGAGAACUGGAGCUAUGUGGACUCCCUGUACUUCUGCUUUGUGGCCUUCAGCACCAUCGGCUUUGGGGACCUGGUAAGCAGCCAGAGACAAUACUAUGAGUCUCAGGACGCCUACCGACUCGGGAACUGCCUCUUCAUCCUAAUGGGAGUAUGUUGCAUCUACUCACUCUUUAACGUCAUCUCCAUUAUCAUCAAACAAACACUCAACUGGAUCCUGGAGAAGCUGGUGUGUCCUGGGGACCACCGGCUGUGCUCCUGCUCUAAGAGUGGACGCUGGUGGCUCUGCUGUCCCUGCCUGCACAACAAAAAGCGCAACCAGAGGCGUCCGCUGGCUCACCUGAGACAAAAACGCUUGAAACGCAAUGCGGUCCGGCCGCUCUCGACCCACUGCCCUGCAGGAAGGCAGCGCUAUGCGGGCGGCUCGGUUGAGAGUGUGUGCGACAGCGAAACAGACGGCGCCGCAGCAGCGGACGGGGUAUAUGUAGGCCGUCGACUAUCAGGGGAAAUGAUCUCCGUUAAUGAAUUCAUGGUGUCGAAUAAGGUGUCUUUGGCGCUGCUGCAAAAGCAACUGAGUGAAACGGCUCAUCAGGGACCGAGGCAGAGCUAUGGCCACCAGAAUGGAUUCUCUGGAGGGGUGGGGGCGUUGGCUAUCAUGAAUAAUCGGCUACAGGAAACCAGUGUGGACAGGUAG